CAUAUCCGUCAUUCACGACAUCAUCGCCGUUCCAAUCUUCAUCGCCGCUUGGCUCUUCAUCCAGGAAAUCGCCUUCUCCAAAAACCUCCUCGCGAGGGCGAGAAUUGUCAAUUCGGAAAAGAACAGUGUGGCAUCGUCCCUGAACGACCUCGGGCAUCCCCUCGGCAUCUGGGCCUACGGCUGACCCAUCAUUAGAUUCGACCUCCGAGCCAGAGCUUUCAUCGUAAUUCGUGUGCGUCCUGGCUCGUGUACGCAAGCGCCGGCCACUCCAUUUCUCACUGAACUUUUGUGCGGGCUUUGAAAGAAGUGGCGCAUCGCUGUCGCUCUCAUUUUCGUCACCGGCGUGGUCCGCCUGGGCUUUCACACCGUCGCUCUUGUGCACCCCAUCCGAUAUAUCCAACAGGUGAGGAGACUUGUCCGCAAAGACAUGGUCAAACCAAGUCGCCCACUUCUGUCUGUACUCGGCCCGCUGCCGCCAACCAAUAUCUACCAUAGCAGUCAGUUUCAGUACACGCAAUUGAGGUAAAUCUCCAGCUGCAUUGAUGAGUGACAGGAAGAAGUUCGUAGCCGCAUCAGAACUCCAAUGCCUGAGAUACUCCAAUUCAAUAGUUUCAAGGGUGGAUGGCCAGGUGGGUAUCUCGUCAAUUUCGAGAAGCCAAUCGUAUAGUGGUUCGUUAUCGGCCGACAUGACCAGGGAGCUGUAGUAGUUCAGGUCUACCUUGAGCACUUUGAGACUUGGGCAAAAGCGCUUGAGAUCAACUAGGAAAGAAAGACUGAGACACUGAUUGUGGUUCAGAAUCAACUCCUCCAACUUGUGGCCAUGGUUGGCUAGGAAAGCAUGCAAGUCCUCCGAGAAGACAUUGAUGCAAUUGGUGAUAUUCAAGGAAAGGAGAGACGACGGAAGCAGAGCAAGAAGCUGUCCGUUAAGAACUUUGCAAGACUCAAAGGUCAAAGAGGUCAAGUUUGGCAAUGCCGCAAUCGCCGACCCAAGUAGCUCCUCAGCCAAUGGUGCAUCGUCACCACCGACUUUUUUCGGGUCAGUGUCAAAUUUAGUGAGUAUCAGCUCACGCAGGCUUUGGAAGGCCUUGUCCGAAUGAAUCUCUUUGAUCCACAGCGGGCCUUUGGCGCAAUACUGACUGUUCCAUCGCCAACUCUGGAGAAGUAACGGGCUCUGACGGAGGGCCACGAAUAAUUCGUCAGGAUAGUACCAUCGACGGACACGUCUAUGUAGCACCCUAUAGGGGGGUCGGUCUUGCGGGUCAAAUAUGUCGAUCUCUUUGAGUGUGGUCAGAGCAGAGACUAAGGUAGAGAGUACAGCCGGAUCGUUGACCGGGUCUGUCGAGGAUGACAUCUGGUGCGAGUCCAGCUCCAGCCGCUUGGCCAUGACUUGGUGGUUCAUAUACGCAUCAGUUGGCGGGGUGAUGAGCCGUUGGACAAGCAGUUGGUUCAACUUUGCCGCGUGUAUUGGCGGACAUCGGUACAGCGCUGCCAAUGCAGGUUUGGUGAAAGUUUUGCAAAGACGCGCUACAUCGAGCAGCCAGUGUAUUGUCGGUAGGGCCACCAUGUUCUCAUGAAGUGGUUCCGAUGCGUAGAUGAAUGUCUGUAGGAGUACGUGGUAGGGAAGGGACGCCCAAUUCGGGAUAUGGCCAUCGGUUGGGAUUUCGAUGCUGGACACGGCCGGUUCGGCGACUGAAGUGUUGCUCUUUAACGGAGCGCCGAGUGAUCUUCGAGCACGAGAUCCAGCAGGUUUUGCUUCCUUUUGCCUAGACUUGACGCUCUUGCGCGAGGUGCGAGAUGGCGCAGUUGCUCUUUGAGGGCGCAUUGGUACCUCGACCUCGUUGACCUCCUCUUCUUCUUCAAAAUCUUCGUCUUCGUCAUCCUCAGAGCUCACAUCCUUGUACGAGACUCCAUGCUUCUGAAUUUUGCGCAAGCCUUGUCGCGCAUUUGUCCUGACUGCAAUUCCCUCUGAAGCCUCCUCGUUGCGACGCCGUGGUUCAGGAGAGCGAUUUCGGUUCGAUCGUCGCAUUGGGGAGUUGCGUUUCUUGGGCGCGUAAGUCUCCGUGUCUAUUUCCUGUAUAUCUUCAUCGCUACUGGGCUCGCGAUACGAGACAAUGCCCCGUUUGCGCUUCCGUGUGUCGACCAUAGCUUCCGCCUCUUCAACCCCAAACUUUACCAGUGUCGCAAGAGCAGCAACAUAAGGCACGGUGACGUAAGAGGGUUUUUGGUGACACAACCGAGUCCAAAAGAUCGCAAUGUCGCACUGGAUCUGACCUUAGCAAAUGGAUUGUCAGAGUGAAGAACUGUGGCGUGGGUGCGGGAUGUUCUAA